CGGCUCGCUCAUAUUCGUGGCUCGGUGCUCCUUCCUCUCGACACAUCGCAAGUGGUAAAUUUGGUCUGCCCAAAUCAGCACAGCACGGCUCUUCAGAACGAGCGGCCCCUUCAGUCUUCCAACCACGCCGCGUUGCGAGCCGUACUUCGAAUCUUGCAUCCUGCAUCUGUUAGAGUAGUUCAGUCCGACUGGUGGACCCCCCUCGGACGACUGGGGAGUACGAGAAAGAAACAACAGGCAGCGCACCUUCGGCACCUUGACGCAUAUUCACAAUGGAGGCUGACUCCCCAGUCCAAGCAUCGCACCCAACUGCAGGCUCUUCUCAAAAGAGCUUCUUCGAAAAGGAGAGGGAAAGAUUGGUCGUGGAGAUUGCAGAGGGCAUCGGUACAAUCAUCGACCAUUCCAACGCGCUCAAUCGCAAGUUAGAAGAGUCCAUUUCUGUCGGAAAAGAGUUUGAGCCUAUAGCAGGUUUAUGGGGCAGGUUCACAGAAGUCAUGCGAGCAGCUGGAAUUCCCGAUCUCAGCGGCGCGUCUACCGGUGGUGCGGGGUCUGGAGUUGGAGAAGAUGGUGGAGCGGAUAAUCAGGAUGGAACAGCUGGUAAUGCUCAGCAGGAUGGAUUGAGCAGGAGUCAAGGAGCUGAUACGGCAUUGCCUCCCGGUGUGGCACCCGGCGGUGGCAUUGUCUAUGGCAGAGACGCUUAGUGAGACGCUGCUGCUCGAACGCGACUAUCGAUCGCUUCCCGGGCAUGCAAUUGCUCCCCAAGGGUCCUCUUCCUUCAUGUAUUUGUAGACCCCUUGAUCAGCUCGAACCUCACGCAUUCAAUGGCGCCGCUGUCCGCAUGUUGUGCUGAAGCUGCGCGGUCUGUUCGAAAUCGGCUGAAGCGGAAGAGCAGAGGAGAUCGACGCAAACAUGCAAAAAGGACAAUGUCCGCUCAGGACUGGUCACCGGCCCAACGAUCGAGG